AAAAUUUAUAGUCGAAAUUUUAUCGAAGAUAUUAGUCGAAUAAUGUUUUAUUUGUUCCUUUUUCUCUUCGUGAACACACACAGCUCGAAUGGCGAAGACAUUGCGGCAAAGAAUACAAUAAUUUGGUGGCCGAAGAAACCUUUGAUUUACAGCGAGAACACAACAUCAAUGAAUGGAGAGUUAAAAGGUAUCUUGCCGGAGAUUUGGAAUACUGUCGUCGAUAAUUGUAAAGAAUUUAGAAUUUCAAAACACAGUAGAAGUGUUGAAAGGUCUGAUCCCUUACCGAAACCUGAGUACUCGGAAUUUUUGGGAAGAUACAAAAAAAGCGUACUCGUUCCUGUUAAACUACGUCGAGGAAAGAGUUCGUCUGUCGACAUGCCUUUUGUGAGAUUGAUUGACUCCCCCGGUGUCGUCGUUUUGAUGAAGAAAACUCUCACUGGAACUGAACUUUUAAACGCUAUUCUCCUAGCUUGGCCUAUUCUUAUAUUCGUUAUUUUAUCGGCAAUUCUAAGCGGUUUCGUAAUUUGGUUUUUGGAACAUCGUUCUAAUCCCCAAAUGUUCGAUCCGUUUUGUCCAAAUGGUGUUCUAAAUGGUUUCUGGUGGGCGGUCGUUACUAUGACUACAGUAGGGUGAGUUUGCAUAGUAAAAGUACCAUAGUAUUUUGGAGGUAUAUAUAUAGUAA